AUGCGUACUGCAUUUGUUGGCACAACUUGUCCAAACACAUGCAACCAAAUUUGCUCUGCAAUUUCUGCCACGACCAACACAGUCGGAUCCACUAUGACUUCUCCGAACGGCAAGAUGGAAGUCGAUAAAUCCCCCAACAGGCAUUCUUCGCGUAAUCUGUCAACAGACACACUUCGUACGAAGCGCUCACACCGGUCGGUCUCCAGAGAUCGGGAAAAGAGGGAUCGCCGAAGAGACAGAGGCGAGCCAGACGACAGAAGGAAGCGAAGCCGCAGUCGUGACAGAGGAAGUGAAAGAGGUUAUCGUGAUCGUUCGAGAGACAGGCAUAGGGACCGCGAGAGAGACCGCGACCGUCGACGAGAACGGGACAGAGACAGCGAAAGAGGCCAUCGUAGCAGGCAUGAUGGCCACAGGGAUCGCGACCGUGAUAGAGACAGGGAUGACAAGGACCGUGAACGUCGACAUAGGAGAGGUGACGACGAUGGCCCGCGUGAGGCAGAGGAAAGAGCCAAACGCAAGAGGCCCCCUCUCGACCCAAGAGACGAAUUUGAUGAUUCUGAGAGUCGCAGAAUUCGUCGUGAUACGCGCCGUCGAAUCGACGAUGACGAUUUCAAGAUCAGAAGUCCUCCUCCCCCAGCAGUCGGACGCGGAUCUCCUUCAUACCCGUCGUUCGAUAACGUGGCAGAUGAACCAUAUAAUCCAGACGAACCUAAAGAAGAUGACUCGGAAGCCAGAUCCGUCUUCGUUUCCCAGCUUGCUGCUCGUUUGACCGCCCGAGACCUAGGUUACUUCUUCGAAGACAAACUUGGAGAAGGGACGGUCAUGGACUCGCGAAUUGUCACUGAUAGACUGUCCCGCCGUUCGAAAGGAAUCGGUUAUGUUGAGUUCAGAUCCGUUGACCUCGUAGAGAAGGCCAUUGGACUAUCUGGAACAGUGGUGAUGGGACUGCCUAUCAUGGUUCAGCUAACUGAGUCGGAAAGAAACAAGCUCCACCCUGGUGAUGGGAGCCUCAAUUUGCCGCCAGGUGUUACUUCAUCCCAUGGAUCAAUGCAAUUAUACGUUGGAUCUUUACACUUCAACCUUACCGAAUCCGAUAUUAAACAGGUGUUCGAGCCUUUUGGAGAACUCGAAUUUGUGGAUCUCCACCGAGACCCGAUGACUGGUCGUAGCAAAGGCUAUGCGUUUGUACAAUACAAGCGAGCUGAAGACGCUCGUAUGGCUUUGGAGCAAAUGGAAGGAUUCGAGUUAGCUGGCCGCACGCUUCGUGUAAACACUGUCCACGAGAAGGGCACAGCCAAAUAUACUCAGCAAGAUUCCCUUGAUGAAGCUGGCGGCGGUAACUUGAAUGCUGCAUCUCGCCAAGCACUGAUGCAGAAACUUGCUAGAACUGAACCCGCGAGAUCUCUUCCAGAGCCUGCUUCGCGACCCAGUAUCCCUCAAUCUAUGCAAUCGCGAUCCGUGUUACUGAAGAAUAUGUUCGAUCCUGAAGAGGAAACGGAGCGCGAUUGGGACAAGGACCUUGCAGACGAUGUCAAGGGAGAAUGCGAAACGAAGUAUGGUCCUGUUUUGGCAAUCAAAGUGGAAAAGGAGACGCAGGGCGAAAUUUAUGUCAAAUUCGACGCAGUUGAUUCCGCCAAAGAAGCUAUCCAAGGUCUGAACGGACGGUGGUUUGGAGGAAGACAGAUUUCUGCCGUCUUCAUUUCCGAUGCUAUCAUGCAAGCCCACCAGUAG